CCAUUAAAUACUUUGGCGAAUUUUCUUGAUACGCACUUUACAACGGACAAGAUGAAGUCACGACAUCUGCUGCUCGGCCUAUGGAUGUCCUGCCUCACGCAGGCAAGCUUAGUCGACAAUGGCCGAGUCGUAACUCUCGGGGACAUCCGUUAUUAUGUUGGAGGCAUCAGCAUCGGCCAAUUGGGCAGCAACUGCACCAGGCAAGCUACCUUGGCUGCAGCAUCUAUCCCGGGCCACGAUAUCUUCCCCAUGACGGUUGUUGAGACCUCUUCCGAGGAGUUUCAACCUACUGAGCUCCGCCAGACGAUAGCUCAAUAUGCGGACCAAGAUGACGUCUUCACGUUGCCAUUCACGAGAACAAUUUAUCUCCGCUCUACCACAGCCAAAUCGCCAGCUAUCAACGCCUCGGCCUUGGCCAAGGACCUACAGGAUUUCGGAACUGCUCUCUUUAUGUCCACUGGUGGCAUUUUCGGGGAUGUCGACGGCUUCACUACCGGCUCCAUCAGUACGGAUUUGGCGAAAGGUCCAUACUUCGUCAGCGCUGCCACAGGCGACGUCUACAAGGCGCACCGACUCUACGAUGACGACUACCUCGCCUUCAUUCAAGGAGUCGUGGACGACGAGAAUGGAGGAUACAUGUCUCUGUCGGCAGUAACGGAGAAUGUCAUGGCCAAGAGUAUUGCGGUCCCAUCCAGACUCUACUCUACGCCAAGUGACGAGAAACCCCUUGCCGGCCUCCGUGUUGGUGUCAAGGACAUCUACCAUGUUAAGGGGGUUUCUACCAGCGGAGGAAACCGGGCUUAUUUCUACCUGUAUGGAACUCAGAACACCACUGCGCCUUCCAUCCAACGUCUCAUCGAUCUCGGUGCCGUUCUCGUUGGCAAGAUGGGUACGGUCCAAUUUGCCAAUGGAGAUCGUCCCACUGCGGAUUGGGUCGACCUUCACGCUCCAUUUAACCCAAGAGGAGAUGGGUAUCAAAACCCCAGCGGCUCUUCUACUGGACCUGGUUGCGGAAUUGGUGCUUACAGCUGGCUUGAUCUUGCAGUGGGCAGUGACACUGGCGGCUCCAUGCGUGGACCAGCUGGUGCCGUCGGGAUUUUUGGCAACCGGCCAUCGACCGGCGCAAUUUCUAUGGAGCAUGUCAUUCCACUGAGUCCCGUGUCUGACUCGGCAGGUAUCUUUGCUAGAACUGGAAGCUUGUGGGCACUUGCAACGAAGGCGUGGUACCCUGACUUCCAGUCCAACUACACCUCGUAUCCCAGCAGAAUUUAUCGCAGUGUUGCACGUGGAGCAUGGUCUUCAUCUGACGAUCCCGCUGUGUUGAAACUCGUAGAGUCCUUCUACGGAGCACUCGAGGACUUUCUUCAGGUGAAUGCGACCAUGGUCAAUCACACAGCACUUUGGACCGAAACCCACCCAGAGGGCUCAACAAGUCUUGCCGAUAUGCUAUACUCGACGUACGCAGUUUUUGUCUCGCAUGAUCAAUGGAAGCUACUUGGAAAGCCCUUCUUCGAGGACUAUGCAGAGCAGCAUGACGGACGCCAACCGUACAUCAAUCCGGGUCCAUUGGCGCGUUGGGAAUGGGGCCAAAUCCACGCAAAUGACACCGUCUAUGACCAAGAGUUGCGAAACAUCACCAUCUUCAAGGAGUGGUGGGAGACGGAGGGAUACGGCCGACACGACCCCGAGUCGUGCUCUGAAGGCCUUUACGUCUACACAUUCAUGGCCGGCGUACCCUCAUACCGUGACGAAUACUUCGAGGCACGAACAACCCCACCACUUGGCUUUGACGACUCAUCCAUACCCGUUAUGGCUGGCGCCCCAGAAGUUGUUGUCCCUAUCGGAGAGGUGCCCUAUGAGAGCAGGAUCACAAAGAAAACGGAAUAUUUACCUGUUAGUAUGGGGCUUAGAAUGGCAAGAGGAUGCGACUAUGUUCUUGCAGAUCUGGUAAAGGAUCUUGAGAAAGCUGGGGUUCUUCGAGGUGUCGCUACUGGAUCGAAAAUGUACCCGUAGAUGUUGGAUGAAAACAUAGGAGACCUGGCCUCGGUAUUCGAAUGCAGUUGCGGCUGGUUUCGAAAGGAAGGAGUAGUGUGAAGACUUGGGUGCGACGGAUAGAUUAAGCAAUAUGUGGUAGCGGUGCAAGUCUGUCUCAAAUACCUAAUAUC